UAAAGGCAUAUGAAUCAAACGAUGUCACGUUUCAAAACGAGCAAAAUGGUAAAAAAAGCUAUGAAUACCGGGAGAGCCGUGUCCGGUGUCAUAUUGAACCUCCCCUCAUCUGGCCGGGUUGCAUGGCAUCACAAGCAAGUGAGAAAUAGACUUCCAUCAUGGACCAGCUGACGAGCCAUCACACCGUCGGGUGAGAGGAUAUGUUCCGCCCAAAGUCGACCUACACGAGGCGAACAGCCAGUCCUGCUCAUAACCAAGCCUUAAGGGACUCGGAUCGUCAGGGGCCUCUGAUAUCCACCACACGGCUGGCGACCUCGUGUCGUCAGUCUGCCGGCGGGAUCGACUGCGACACCAGACUAGGAAAGCAAGGAGCAUCCCAUGGCUUCGGGUCGAUCAAGAUCAUGGCCCAUGAGCUAAGGCGGACGUGUUUCUGGUAUUUGUGGCAGGGCCACCAGCCCACCACCUAUGCGCUUCUUGGCCCACUCACACCCUUCAUCCAAUGGCCGGAGGUCCAAGUGUCAUUCCUGUCGCAGAUCUUGGACUGUUCCCCGACGAGCCUUCCACGGUUCGAGAUAGCCAUCAGAAAAGGCAUUGUCGAUCCGAUGCUCGACGCACGAUGGACGGAAAGUAGAGGCCGGGACGGCCCACCACGGGGUGUGCCGGGGCGGGGACUAAUGUGAUGGACGUCGGGGAUGGAAGGAGAGACGGAGGCAAGGGACACGGGACCGGAU